CUGUGCUGUGGAGCAGUAGUCAGUCCGACAGUGAAGGACAGAGAAAGAGAAGAGAAUGUGAAGCAGUGCAGCACACGAAUAAAUUAACUGAAUUAAAAUGGCAAAGACGCAGGAGAAGACCAUCUUCCUCUCAUCUGUUUGAUUGAGUAGUAGGAUAAAGCUGACAGAGGUACAACUGGGGUAACGAGGAGUAGGGGGAGGAGGUGCCAGAGGUCUGUGCAUGCUUAUUUCUUCUCUCGCACCGUACGCCUCCGGAGCCUUGCAGCCGAUGGUGUCACUGCGACAGCACUCAUUGAGGGAGCUGUGUGAACCAGCUGGUGGUGUCUUUUCAAAAAUCAACAGCUGAGAGUUCAUCUAUCAGGUGGAUGUGGAGUAAAUGUUGGAUUUGUGAACUGGAAGAGUUUCACCCAGGUGUAAGUUGCACCUUCCACCUUUUCCCUCCUCUUCCCUUUUUUACUCUGCUGCAUUCGUCUGAGCGAGAAGCUUUGCCUGUUUGAUCAGGAGCUGCUGCUGCGCUCUGCUUUCCUCUUCCCUACCGCUUCUCUCCAGCCGCCUGCCGGCUUUUUAGUAACUGUUCCUGGACCACGAUUGGUAGUUGGGUUUGGUGGCUCAUCCACAGACAAGAAAAGCAGAUGCCAUUGGAUCUCAGACAUCAUUAUCCAGAAUGACAGAGACCUGAAUCUUUGGGUGGACUCCACUACCUAGGGUUCCAACCACAGUUGAUGCCUGCUGCCAUUCAGCCAACCCACACUUCUUUAGAAGAUCCAUGUUGACUCUUUUUGUAUAAGGACUCAAUGGUCUCCAGCUGCUUUUUUGAGGAAAUCAGACAGAGAAAGAAAUGAAGGGGAAAAAAAGACUGCUGGUGUUUUGAAAAACUUGGUCCUCUGGUGAAUUCCUCUUUCCAGGAUCCUGUUUGAAUUCUGUAAAGCAAAAAUCUUGAACUGUCACCAACAUCAAGCCUUGAGAAAGACUAUGAAAUGUAAAUGAAAAAAAGCAAGUAUAAAGGACACUUCUCCAAACAAGCUGCCCCACAAUGUUGUCACAAAAGGUGACAUGUGUCUCAUCCUACCAUGUAGCCACAAAAACCUAUGGAAACCUAAAAACUUUUCUACCAAACCCUCAGCCAAUUUAAAAGAGCUGAAAAACAACAGGGAAUAAAUAAACUUGGAGACUUCUCAAGUGCCACUAGAUUAUUAUCAGCCCAUGCACUUUCCAUUUACAUCUUUAAUUUAAAUUUUCUAAGUAAUCAUAUUUUUAAUUUAUAGUGACAGAGUCAUGAAUUCCUUCAGCUCUCAUAUUUUCCACCACCGCUAGAGACACCUGCAACCAAUUAACUACAGCUGAUCCAGUUGUGGAUUGUACUCAAGAAGAGGAGGAGGGAUUUAAUGUAAACAACAAAAAAGAAAUUAAAGGCAACUGCAAACAAAGCAACAGCAAGAGAUUUAAAGAAGGUGAAGAAGAACUCAUUGGUCAACCUGGUAUUCAAUAAAAGGGAGGAUCAGAGGGCAGCAGAGGAUAUGGCCAGAUCAAGUUGCCAACACGCUAAGAUAAUAACUAGCUUAGAGUCAGUUGGAAAGAUUGACUGCAGGCACCCAGAGUCUUGACUGAUAGGCACAGGACUCAUUGCAAUUCUUUGUGCUGUGCGGAGCAUAGCAUCACAAAGAGUGCAAGAGAGAAGAGAAACUCUUGGCUGGCUGCCACAAUCAGGGCCAAUUAGGAGAAUUUGAUUAUAUGCCUUAAUCUUGGCAGUCAGGUGGAAAAGCAGUCAGACAGAGAAAGAGGAGGCUGAGCAGGUGCCACCGAUACACACCAUUAUCUCUGUCCAUCUCUAAUUGAGUUUUUUUCUGCCCCUGUGAGUGUCUCAUCUCCAAACAAGAGCUUUAAGUGGUGGAGGUUCCUCAAGAGAAAACAGGGGGGAAAAAAAAAAGAAAAACACUCUUCCAUUUGUGUUUUCCUUAAGAGGACAAGGACUUUUUUUCCACCAAUCUCCCUCAUCUCUUUAAACCUAUGUUCCCUCCCUCAAGAUUUAUAAUACCAGUUUGGACCUUGUAUCGUCUGGAAGUUUCCGUGCAGCUUCCUCUAUCUCAAUAUCGAGGCUGAGAUAAAAGCCAGAGAGGAACUGAUAGACAUAAAAGGGAAGAGAAUUGGCGUGGUACUGAAUCUGUGGAGGACACAGCAGACUUAUUUCCUUCCUCAAUCUCAAACAGCCAGGGUAUCUUGCCAAGUGUCCCAAAAACUGUGCUUCCUCUUUUUUAAAUAUCUUCCUUUCCCUUGGAGAGUUUUCCUCUGCUCCCCUCCUUGUGGAUCAUAAAUUCUAUCCUGGACUUCACCAAGAUUAAAGUGGCCCUAGUUAUCCAAGGAAAUCCUUUGAUAUUGGCUCCUGGUGUUGUCAUCUUAAUUCUGGGCAUUCUAGGAUAGAGCUGGCCCUCCUGAUGAGUUUAUCCAACUGCUUCCCAACACCAUAGAAGAUGGCUGAUGCCACCAUAGACCAUAAAGAAGGUCUUGAGGAGCGCCCCCUGCACUCCAAAAGACCUCAUUCUCCUCAGCAGGUUGUCCUCAUCUCCAAGUCCAACAAUGGCAGAGUGAUCAGAGAAGUUCUAAAGGUAGCAACCAGGGGAGCUGAUGGAGAAGUCUGCAGUAUAGAGGGUGGACAGAAACAGUGCUAGCACAGUUCUUUGUGGAGCACCUGUAGCGCACACCAACCUGUUAGAGAGGCAACCAUUUGUCCUCACAUACUGCAGUCGACCAGUAAGGUGGCAGUACAGGCAGCCAGCAGACCAUUCUCCAUGAGGAGCAGUGGAAGAUGCAGGCUCUGCCAGCACUGCUGCUGUCGAUUUAUGUCGUCGUCCUGCUGCUGACUAUGGCACCUCAUCUCUUCAGCAAAGCCAACACCCUAUCCGCCGUCCGAAUGGCGGCCAUUUUGGAUGACCAGUCUUUGUGUGGCCGCGGUGAGCGCCUGGCGCUGGCUCUGGCCAGGGAAAAUAUUAACAAUCAGAUGGAGGGUUCCUCCCAGGCAAGGGUAGAGGUGGAUGUCUACGAGCUACAGAAAGAUUCCCAAUAUGAGACGACUGACACAAUGUGUCAGAUCCUGCCUAAGGGUGUGGUAUCAGUGAUUGGCCCUGCCUCUAGCCCCGCCUCAGGGUCAACCAUCAGUCACAUCUGCGGGGAAAAAGAGAUCCCUCACGUGAAGAUCGGGCCUGAGGAAACCCCAAAGCUACCGUACCUGCGCUUCGCCUCGGUGACACUGUAUCCGAGUAACGAGGACCUCAGCCUGGCCAUCGGAUCCAUCCUGCGCUCCUUUGGCUACCCAACAGCCAGCCUCAUUUGUGCUAAAGCAGAGUGCCUGCUCAGAUUAGAGGAACUUGUUCGACAGUUCCUUAUCUCCAGAGAGACGCUUUCAGUGCGAAUGCUGGAUGACAGUCUGGACCCCACGCCCUUGCUGAAGGAGAUUCGUGAUGACAAAGUGGCUACCAUCAUUAUUGAUGCUAAUGCCUCUAUUUCUUACCAUAUCCUCAGGAAGGCUAACGAGCUGGGGAUGAUGUCGGCCUUCUACAAGUAUAUUCUCACCACCAUGGAUUUCCCUCUGCUCCAACUAGAUGAUGUGGUGGGUGACCAGUCCAACAUUGUUGGCUUCUCUAUGUUGAACAUUUCCCAUCCUUUCUACUUGGAGUUCAUCAGGAGCCUAAACUUGUCAUGGAAGGAAGGCUGCAACAUCAACCCAUAUCCAGGACCUGCGCUGUCAUCAGCCCUUAUGUUUGAUGCUGUUCACGUGGUGGUGAGUGCUGUGCGGGAGCUGAACCGCAGUCAGGAGAUUGGAGUGAAGCCGCUGAGCUGCACCUCCCCCCUCAUCUGGCAACAUGGGACCAGCCUCAUGAACUACCUUCGCAUGGUGGAAUAUGAUGGUCUGACAGGUCACAUCGAGUUCAACAGCAAAGGACAGAGGACCAACUACACCCUGAAGAUCUUGGAGAAACACCCUGCAGGCCAUAAAGAGAUUGGUACUUGGUUUUCCAACAACACAUUGGCCAUGAACUCUACUUCCUUGGACCUCAAUGCCUCGGAAACAUUGGCUAACAAAUCCUUAAUUGUCACCACUAUACUGGAAAACCCGUAUGUGAUGCGCAAGUCCAAUUACCAGGACUUUCACGGAAACGAUCAGUACGAGGGUUUUUGUGUGGACAUGCUGAGAGAGUUGGCAGAUAUUCUGAAGUUUUCCUUUAAGAUAAAGCUGGUGGAUGAUGGGUUGUAUGGAGCACCUGAGCCUAAUGGCAGCUGGACCGGCAUGGUCGGGGAGCUUAUCAACAGGAAAGCAGACCUGGCAGUGGCUGGCUUCACUAUAACCUCAGAGAGAGAGAAGGUGAUUGAUUUCUCCAAGCCAUUCAUGUCCCUGGGAAUCAGCAUCCUCUACCGAGUGCAUCUGGCUCGUAAACCAGGUUACUUUUCUUUUCUGGACCCGUUUUCUCCAGCUGUUUGGCUUUUCAUGCUGUUGGCCUACCUCGCCGUCAGCUGUGUUCUCUUUCUUGCUGCCAGGCUCAGCCCUUAUGAGUGGUACAACCCUCAUCCAUGUCUACGGGAGCGACGGGAUAUCUUGGAGAACCAGUACACACUGGGCAACAGUCUGUGGUUUCCAGUUGGAGGCUUCAUGCAGCAAGGCUCGGAGAUCAUGCCCCGUGCCCUGUCCACCCGCUGUGUUAGCGGAGUCUGGUGGGCGUUCACUCUCAUCAUAAUCUCCUCCUAUACUGCCAACUUGGCAGCGUUUCUCACCGUACAGAGAAUGGAGGUGCCCAUUGAGUCUCCUGAUGACCUGGCCGACCAAACCAACAUACAAUAUGGAACCAUACAUGGAGGAUCCACAAUGACGUUCUUUAUGAACUCACGGUACCAGACAUACCAGCGAAUGUGGAAUUACAUGAAGUCCAAGCAGCCCAGUGUUUUUGUGAAGAGCACAGAAGAGGGCAUUGCCCGUGUCCUUAAUUCAAAGUAUGCCUUCCUGAUGGAGAGCACCAUGAACGAGUACUACCGCAGCCUAAACUGCAACCUCACGCAGAUCGGAGGCCUUUUGGACACAAAGGGAUAUGGCAUCGGCAUGCCGCUGGGCUCUCCUUACAGAGAUGAAAUCACUCUGGGGAUCUUGCAGCUGCAGGAAAGCAACAGGCUGGAGAUUCUAAAGAGACGCUGGUGGGAAGGAGGACAGUGUCCUAAAGAGGAGGAUCACCGGGCUAAAGGCCUCGGCAUGGAGAAUAUUGGUGGGAUCUUUGUAGUCUUGAUUUGUGGCCUCAUUGUAGCUGUGUUCGUGGCCAUCAUGGAGUUUGUUUGGUCAACCCGUCGCACAGCUGAGACAGGCGAGGUCUCUGUUUGUCAGGAGAUGCUGACAGAGUUUCGAAAUGCUGUUUCUUGUAAGAAAAGUUCCCGGGCUCGUCGGCGACGCCCUCUCAGCAGUGCUGGGGGCGGAGUUCUGCGCCAUCCUUCCCGGCUAGCUCUAGCUGGGCCUAGACCAAUUCGGCUAGUAAGGGAGAUGCGUCUCAGUAACGGAAAACUCUACAGUGGUGCCGGCCCACUGACAGGGGGUUUGGCCGGGCUGGGGGGAGGUAUGGCAGCAGGACCUGAUUUGGGCCCCGGGCCACAGAGGCUCUUGGAUGAUCCACUUGGUGCCAACUCUGCCACCAAUACACCUCCUCCGCCACCUCCUGUGUCAUCAUUUGAGGCUCCGCCUGCCCCACCUCGCACCUUCCUCCAGAGCUGCAGCCACGUGCGCAUCUGCCAGGAGUGCCGGCGGAUCCAAAGCUUGCGACCGGCCGCACUCACGCCUCCCCCACCUCCUCCACCUUCUUCAUCCUCCUCCGCCUCGUCCUGCUCCCGUAUCCCUCCUUUGGCAAUGUCAGGACAUCAACAUCGUCAUAAUCCGCACCACCACCUCCACUACCAUCAUGGCUCCAUGUCAUUACCCCGCCUUCCUCCUCCUCCUCCCCCAAUCUCAACAGACAGAGCCGAUAGUGAUGGGGGAACAGCAAGUCCACAGCGGGGGAAAAACAGACCGGCCCCUCCUCCCAGGCCGCUGCCGCCUCCCAAAACACCAACACUCCCACCAACAAAUUAUCUCGGGGGUCACGAUUGUGCUUAAAUAUCCCAAACUUGGGCUCAAAAGAUACAGACUGCACAUCAACAACUUUUCUUUUGAUCCCAGCAACACAGCUAUACCUGUCCAAACUCCUGAGGAGUUGGAUAGAAGAAACUACUUUGACUCGUUUGAAGGGAUUGGAUCCCUCAAAAAGUAGUCAGUUCGGCUCAGCUGACACUAUAAACCUUUAAACAGGGAUGGUUGAGUCUAAACCCUCAUUCCUGGUAGCAGGGAGAAUUUAAAGAGUCUUAUAUGGAUUUAGCAACUUUCUGUAGUUGCUGAUGAUGGACAAAUGCAGCGUUAGCAGGCAACUUCGGAUUCAGUCCUCGAUCUCUUACCUCGGCUAAUUAUCCCAUUGCAAGAAGAAAAUAGAAGAUAUAAAUGGACAGAUUUUUGAGAGGAUUGUCAGUCAACCAGGACAUGAUGUCAGAAAGAUAAAAAAAAAAAUCAAGACAAAUUUCACCAGCGCUCUUAUGUUUUUGUUUCUUUUUCUUUCAGUUUGAACACUGAACUAGGUGUUUGUACAAGAGGAGACCUUCCUGCAGACACGUAGCAGAGCAGUUGUACAGUAAUCAUGGUCUUCGGUCACUCUUUUGGAUGUUUGUUGAGGAUGUAGCUUAUUUCCCAUACCGUUUUGCUGUUUGUACAGACUCUUGCUGCCUGGUGCUGUGAUCCACAACGCAGAAAAAAACAAAACCAUCAUUACUUGCCUAAGUGUUUAAACUGUGUUGGGGUAGUUCUUCUGUUACACAUAAAAACUAUCAAGCAAGAAAAAGGCACUGUGAGGCACGUGAAGGUUAAGGGCUGAGAAGCAACUAUAGAAGUUUUACAUAUUUUUGUACAAAAAAAAAAACAAAAAAGAAAAAAACUUUUUUUUUUUAACGAUAUUUGAGAUGUCAUGUUACAAAAUUCCAGUAUGUGGUAACUAACUGCAAAGUAGUGUUUUAGUUCUUUUUUAAUAAAAUCCUUUUAUGGUAAAAAUGUAAUAACUCAAGACCUUCGCAAACCAAGUCUUGGUUCUUCAGUUCAGGCAGGCACAGAGUCAUCAUCCACAUGAAUGUUAUCAUCUAAAACUAAAUCUAAAUCAGAGAAAAGGAAAACACUUUAUACUAUAAACCAUAAUGUGCUUUUCUUUUGCACAUGCAUGCCCAGUAUUAUCAGCCAGACUAGGAGGAACACAGAUAUGCAGGAUUUCACCUUGAAAUAUUCACAUGUGUUUGUCAUCUGAUAAGUCUUAUUUCAGCCUUGUUGAAAAGACCAGGUUAAAAUGAAGAACAUUUAAAAUAGGAAAAUAAACCUCCUUGACAACAUAGCAUUGAAAUGUUGCCUUAUAUUAUAAAUUUACCACAAAGUUUUGGCUGUUUGUAUUUUCAAAUUUCUCAUAUGAUGGAUUAGAAUAUUAUUUUUAAGCUAAUAAGGUUGUUCCUAAUAUCCAGUGAUACUGAUGUCAUAACACGGAUCAGCAGGUAUAUCUAAAAUGCAUCUCAAGAUGUCUCUUUAACAUAUAUUUUUAUACAUAUUAGGACAGAUGUAAAUUCAUCCAUAUAAACUUUAUAAUAUCAAGACAUUGAUUUAAAAUUCUUUUAUGAGCAUGCAUGCUAAGAUAGGUUAAAUUAUAUUAAUGUGAAAAUUAUUUCAAAAUGUUACUGUGAGCAGACCAAUGGGGAAAUAUCUCUUGAUUUUAUUUUGAAAAAUAAAUUUUCCACCUUUGAAAAAAUAUCAGCUCCUCUUCUUUAUAAUUUCAUGUUAUCACAAACUGAUUAAUCAGAUGGUGCUCUUUUAUUUCUCAGUCUUGGCCCUAGCUUAAGGCUGUUGACUAGACUCUAUUAAUCGAAAAAAACAAGUUUCCAUCCAAGGACUCUUAUUUUUCUUAACCUCCUAAAGCCCAUUGUUUGCAACAAACUGUUUGUAUUAUGCAAAAAGCCAAACAAUUCUUUCUGAUACAACUGGUCCACUAUAACUUUUGCAAAUCUGCUAUAUAUCUAAAUUUAUAUUCUGCUUUUCAUAAAUAGAAAUUCAAGAAUUUCAAUUUGGCAACCACUCAAAGCCAAAAAAAUCCACAAAAAGUAAGUCAGGCGUCAAGAUAGGGGCAAUUAGGUAGGCACAGUUUAAAAUGUCUGGAUACAAUUGCAUUCUAAUGGGAAUGCCUUGAGAUUGUAGGUACAUUCAAACGAAAUGUUAUUUUAUAUAUUUCAGAAGUAAUGUUUUUGAAAGUUUUUCAAAAGGCAUUAAAUCAGAGUUUUGGAGGAUGUUAUUGGUUCUUUUUUUAUUAUUCCACUAAAACAUAAACUUGUAUGCCUAAAAUUAGUUUGGAAAAUAUUAAACAGAAGUGUUGCUAUUUCAGUCCUAUACCGCAAGAUACAGUAUCGUUGUCAGAGUUGUCCCAGUUAGGAUGUUGAGUGAACAGCAUUUGAUUCUAAGUGUGACUGUGUCCUAUUUUACUCAGAUGCUUUAGAUUCUGCUAUUCGUCUAUAGGCUAACGCUAGCCUGUUUGAUCUGUGUAUAUGGCUAAGGACGUCGACAGGUGCAGACAUGCAUUAAAUGACAAAGUGAGCUGUAAAUAACGUGUGAUGCAAAUUCCAAAACAUACAAGCACAAGAAACGCAUGCAAAACAACAGUGCUCCAGACCACUAGAGUCAAACAAAGAAGCUCAGUACAAACAGGAAUUUAAGCUUUAACACAGGUUGUUAAAAAAGAAACAAAGUUGGAAGAAGAAAGAGGGUUUUUAUCUUUUAUUUUACUGUCAAACACACAGUCUUACUGUAUUACAGAAUAACAGCAUUAUUAUGUAUAGUAAUAUAGGUAACACUCUGGGUGAUAUUUGUUCAACUCCCUCUAGUGGUCAGGAGCAGUUCUGUUUUUUUUAGAAGGAGUUUGUUGCUGUUUUUACAAAUUGCUUCUUUUUUUCACUGCAAUCACCUCAUUUUCUUUUUGCUUUCAGCACAUUGUUAGGAGUUGCUGCAUUUUUCUUUGCAUUUGUUUUGUCAGUUGCAGGUCUUUGCUUCAAUUUUAGGUAUUGCAGCACCUUUUUUUUCCCGUUGCAUGUUUUUUUUUUUUAGUUUGAGUUUUCACCUGUUGGCACGUCAUUUCUUUUUUGUUUGCAGCAUUUGUCAUUUGCAUUUUUUUUUGUGCUUGCCUGUUUUAGAGUUUGCAUCACACAUGUUUUUCCAGCUAAUUUAGUCAUUUACUGCACAUUGGCUCCUGUCAGCCAACAUAUAUGACAGACAGCAAUACUGCAAUAUAGUUAAUCUUUAACAUUCCCUCUAUAUAUCAUUAAGUGGAAAAGACAAGCAGAAAAUCAAGGCAAUUAUGUGCUUUUUCUGCAAUGUAAUUUUUCAGUGCAUGUACAUGUUUUACAUGUAUGUCUACACAGAUCACUAACUGUGUGUGACUGGCAUCAGUACACUGGAAGUAAUCUGACACAGUUAUAACUGAAUCUCAGCAUCUUUAACUGUUAAAUUACUGAAGAUUGCUAAAGAUUUACAUUACUGGGUAAUACGUGCUACUGUUAAAGUGGAUUGGAUUAUUUUUACAUUUUAAUCUCUAAAAAGUGUUGCUUGGGCAAAGUUAUCCAGGUGAUGGCAACCACAAAAUAGGCUUAAAUCAAAUGCAACCCAUUUUUUGCUCAGUUUUUCAGAAAAUGUCUGUGUUUUCUCACUCUUAUCACACUUUUUGUUCAGAUAAGCUGAACAAAAGUUGGGCUGUCUCUAAUUUAAGCCUGCUCUUUGGUCUAAAGAGGAUUCUUUCUUUUGCUGCCUGAGAUAUAAUAUGUUCUUUAGCUUGCUCAUUUGUAUUGAUAAGCAUAACUAUAGAUGUAAGGAUAGACAUUUCAACAAUCAUUAUGAUUCUUUUGGUUUUUGCCCCCUUAGAAUGGCUGGAUUUAGUGCUCCUGAGAUUGUCGCUACCAUUUGCUAAAGCUUUUAAACAUCAGUGUCCAAUUGGUAAUGCUAAUUGGUAAUUGGUAAUAUUCAACAUAAAUUCUGUUUUUUUUAUUUGUGUUAUGGAUGAAAAUGAUGCAUGUACACUGAAGAUUGUGAUGUUUCAUCAUAAUGUACAAGUUGAACAUGAACAUGUACACAUACUGUAUAAGCAGAUUAUCAAUUAUUUAUUUAUGUUUUUUUUAUCAUGGUAUUGGAGAAAAUUCUUGCAACCUAAAAAAAAAAUAAUAAUAAUGUUUUACCAAUUAUGACAAUACUGCCCCCUUUCCUUUAACAGAAAUGCUUUUAAAAGAAAUGUGGUCAUUGUAUUAAAAUUGAAGAACUACCUCAGUGCAGUUCCAUCCAUUUCAGGUCAGUUUCUUGAGCUCGGAAUCUAUUUAACUCUAAAUUAGGAGUGCAAAAUGAAAAAAAAAAAAAAAACACUGAAUUUAUGAUUUUAAAGGAUAAAAUUGUACUAUCUUUGAUAAUCUGUUUCAAAUUAAAUAAAACCUCCAACCAAACAAAACAAAAAUUUUUGAAUGUUGAAUAGCACUUCCUCAUGUAAAGGGUUACAAAUGUGUAACUCUGAUCGGAGAAAGUCAGACAUCAUUUUGAAGACCAAUACCUGUAAGUUUUUAUUUGUAUAAUUAUUUUGUAUAUUUUCUUUAUCAUAAAUUUGGAUAUUGAAGCUGCAGCAAAUCUGAAAAAUAUCAAUGAAAACCUAAAUGUCACUGAAUAAAUCUUCAGGUGUGUGUGUGUGUGUGGCUUUGUGUUUAACUUUGUGUAUGGCUAACUUUGUGAGGACCAGGGCUAGUUCACAUGUUUAAAGUGAAUUGGGUUGAAAUCAUUGUAAUGAUUUAUGUCUUUGCAAAUUCAGCCAUACAAGUGUGAGCUUUUUAAAUUUGACUACGUCUGGAUUUAGAUUUUUGUUUUUAUCCUUCGCAGCAGGAUGACAGAGAUACAUCAUUUUGAUUAUUCUAUUGUUAUCACAAUUAUUAUCAAUAUUGAUAUGUGGAGUGAUUCUAGGAGGGGUUCCUCCCUCUGAUGUUCAAUAUAUAGAAACUUAUUUGGAAUUAAAAAAGGUUUUGAAAAAGAAA